UAUAUAAAAAAUCCACAGAGAAUGAAAUUUACAUAUUUUCAAAUCUUCAAAAGUUGAGACCAGAAGAAGAGAACUCAUGGAGAUGACAGAAGCUUCCAAACCGAUAACAACAGAAGAAUCAGCAAAUCCAGAACCAGACCAAAUCUUGAGUCCAAGAAGAUCAUUGGAGCUAAAUCAAAGAAAAUGGUGGAUCUCUGUUUCUUUAUGUAUUUUCUUAGUCUUGCUCGGAGAUUCUCUCGUCAUGCUUCUCUUGAACUUUUUCUAUGAUCAAAACAAUCGAGAAGACAGUGAUCAAGAUCUACAAUACCAAGGAACAUGGUUGCAAGCUCUGGUCCAAAACGCUGCGUUUCCACUCCUCAUCCCUCUGUUUUUCAUUUUCCCUUCACCAAAACAAAACCAAGAAACCAACAAUACUCGUUUCCUCUCUUUUCGUCUCCUCUUACUUUACAUCUCUCUUGGUGUUCUUGUUGCUGCUCACAGCAAAUUGUUUGCACUCGGGAAAUUAUAUGCAAACUAUGGCGUCUUCACGCUCAUUUCCGCGACACAGUUGACAUUUACCGCUAUUUUCACAGCCAUCAUUAACCGUUUCAAGUUCACCAGAUGGAUUAUCUUAUCGAUAAUCCUCACCAUUUUGAUUUAUGUUUUUGGUAGUCCUGAAUUUGGAGGAGAGCCUGAUGAAAACGAAGAAUUCUACAACAUCCAAGCUUGGUUAACUUUCGCUGCUUCAGUUGCUUUCGCAUUAUCUCUCUGUUUAGUCCAACUCGGUUUCGAGAAAGUGUUGGUGAAGACAAAGAGAUAUGGUAAUAAAAAAGUGUUUAGAAUGGUCUUAGAGAUGCAAAUAUGUGUCUCUUUUGUCGCCACGGUUGUUUGUCUCGUGGGUAUGUUUGCGAGUGGCGAGAAUAAGGAACUGCAAGGCGAUAGCCACAACUUUAAGAAAGGAGAAAUGUAUUACGUUAUGAGUUUGAUCGGGUUGGCAUUGUCCUGGCAGGUUUGGGCGGUCGGGCUGAUAGGUUUGGUGCUUUAUGUUUCGGGUGUGUUUGGCGAUGUGGUUCAUAUGUGUACUUCCCCACUUGUGGCUUUGUUUGUUGUGUUGGCAUUUGAUUUCAUGGAUGAUGAGUUUAGUUGGCCUAGAAUUGGUACUUUGAUAGCAACACCUUUGGCUUUAGGAUCUUACUUCUAUACACUGCAUAAGAGAAACAAAAAGAAGAUGGUGGAACUUUACCAAACAGAGAACAAUAUUGAAGUUUAGUAUCUCAUGACAAAUGUAUGUUUGUGUUUUAAAAUAUGUUCUUGUUCUGAAAACUAUGUUACAUAUUUGUUAAUUGUUUUAGUUUGAAUUUUUGUAUUUAUUUUUUA